GACGGACGCUCGUGCAUUACCAGCUGACUGCACGUACUGAGCGCUGUGUUCGAUGUUUGGAGUACUCACCCUUUAUUUCCAACGUCCAAGUUUGUCAAGUUUCGUGACACAGCACCCUACCAGAUCUACACUGACCGCCAUCUUAACGUCUGCUGACCGGGGCACCAGUCACAGGCCAAAUCAUGGCGUCAACAGUGACGUCAGUCGUGACGUCACACAACGACAGUAACGUGACGAACGUGACGGGUCAGGCGUCCAGCACGUGGCAGGAGGGUGACCUGUUCACGUGGCACGGCGCCGAGCUCAUCCUCCUGCCCUCCAUGAUGCUGCUGGGCAUCAUGGGAAACCUCCUCGUCUUCUAUAUUUAUCACUUCCGGUGGAGAAGCAACACGGUCACACUUUUCAAGCGGAUGUUGGCCGUCCUGGACCUGGCCAAUCUACUUUUGGCCAUGCCGUCUCUGCUGUACAUCACGAUCCACCCCCGGAGCAGCACGUUCAUGGCCAACUGUGUGUUCACGUCCUUCGUGGCCCUGAGUACGGCCUGUGCCUCGGGAUGUGUGCUGGUCAUUAUAGCCACGGACAGGUUCAUGAAGCUCUGCCUCCUGCGUAAGACUGGGGUGGGGGUGUUACUGAGCAAGAAACUGUUCGCGGCCAGUGUGGUAGGGUCGGGCCUGAUGAACAUCCCGUGUGGAUGGAUCUUCGGGCGGGACACGGUCUCCUUCUACAACUACAAUGUCAAGGUCAGCUACUGCUUCAUCCACAGCGACAGCAAGCAGGGGGGCGUGUUCGUGGCCUACGCCUCCAUGCUGGGCGUGGUCUUCCUGACGGUCAGCGUGUCGCUGUUUGUGCUGUAUGUCAAGGUCGUGCGAUCGCUGCAGGCUCUGUCUGAGAAACACGAGGAACUCAAGCGGCGGCCCUCGCUGGCGGGCGGCUGCGAGACCAUCAAGAGACAGAAACAAACAAAACUGAUGCGCAAGUCCGCAGUCGUCUUUAUCGUCAUCACUGUCGUCUUCUUCGCCAGCUACGCGCCCUACUUCGUCACCAUGAUCAUCUCCAUGGUGGCCGAGACGGUCGAGGGCAGCUUUAGCCCGCUGGCCAAGUCCUUCUACGACCUGGCCAAACUGAGCCCACUGGCCAACAACGUGGCCAACCCCUUCAUCUACAGCUUCACGUCCGACCACUUCCGGGAGGAGGUGAAGAACAUCUUCACAUUCAAGAGCUGCAAGAAAGGUUUCUUCAGUCGGCGGAACUUCUCCUUCAGGAAGUCUUCGACUGAUCGAUCUCGUGAGACAUCACAAGACUCGCGAGAAGAGGACUAGUCAGUGGGGAUAUGUGUGGGGGACAUGUGUGUGGGACAUGUGUG